CAAUGCAGGAUGGUGGAGAAGGUGGAACAGAAGGACAAGUGCACACCCUUCUCGAUAAUGGACAUCCUGAAGAGAGGCGAUCCACCCAACGUGCAACACCAGCACCACCAGGAAAUGGUGCCUCUGGACAUGUCCAAAUCACAGAUGCAUCUGUACUUUCCGCAGAUACAACAUAGGCACAGUAGACAAGGAGAAAUGGCAGUGGAAGAACUGGCGAGGUCGACCAGGCCCGACGGCCGGAAGAAGAGGUGCAGGGCCGCUUUCAGCCACGCCCAAGUUUACGAACUCGAGAGAAGGUUCAGUCAGCAAAGGUACCUCUCAGGCCCGGAAAGGGCAGAUCUCGCACAUUCCCUUAAACUCACGGAAACACAGGUAAAAAUUUGGUUCCAAAACCGAAGGUACAAAACGAAAAGGAAGCAGAUACAAACAGACGUUCCAGGGAAAAGGGUCGCAGUGAAGGUUUUGGUGAGAGACGACAGACCAGUUCAGAGGCAUUUUCCACUUCCGGUUCACCCUUAUUACUACUAUCCCCUUCUCUGCGGAGCAGUGCAGAACUUGCCGGCCUCGCCUCACAGCCAGUCGCCGCCGAUGCCGAUGGAAUGAUUUCUCUCUUAAACUGAUAAACUCUAAAAAAAAAUAAAGUGCAAUAAAACUCUUUUUAAAGUCCACCUUUAGAAGGUAAUCAACGGCAUCACAGCUUCGCAUAUUAUUUCCAGUCGGAAUGGAAAUUUCAGUUGUAUAGUCGAUCAGCACUAUUGCGACCUUCAUCACGAGUUAUGUAAAUAAUUAGAUUUAUUUAACAGAAGAGAAUUUUAAUAUUGUUGCGAUGCAGUCCUCUGCAAUGUGGAUAUUUCAAAAAUGAAUAAAAAAUUGUAGAUAUAGUUACCUGUUUUACGACGUA